AUGGGGCUCGACGACGGCUCCGACCCCGACCCCCUGGACUCACUGUGGAGGAGGUCGAGGGCUGGCUUAAAGAUCAAACAACCGCAGCCCACGUCCAGCACGUCAACCGACACCAAAACCUGGAGCGGCUACAGCCAAAGCUACGACCCCUACAACCAGUACAGUGCCUACGGCUACGGCUACCCCAGCGCCACCACCUGGGGCUACGACCAGAACGCCUUUGGAUACUACCCCGGAUACGACUACUCCCAGUACAUGGCCAUGCAGGACGGAGAGAUGGCUGCAGAGGACGGUGCUGUCCCAGAGGACGACGGAACUGAAGACCCAGACCCCCCUCUGGACAUCGAGGAGGAGAACAGGAGGUACAUGGAGCAGAGCGAGGAGCUGUUUGAUGCCCUCAGCCACACUCACUGGGUCCCAGAGGACUUCCAGCAGGGGAGCAGGACUAUGUACUGUCGCUGGUACCUGAGCCCAUCACAGCCUGACCACUCACUGCCGCCUGCCUACGGACCGAGAACUGUUCUUUUCCAGUGUAAAUAA